AUGCCCAGCCUCGCCACCAUCCUCGCCAUCGCAAGCCCGGUGCUUGCCCUGAGCUCGCCCCCCUCGGGCGCCCUCACCGUCGGCUCGUCAGGCAAAUACUCGACCAUCCAGGACGCCGUUGACGCUUUGUCGACGUCCUCCUCGUCCGAGCAGGUCAUCUUCAUCUACGAGGGCACCUACAAGGAGCAAGUCGUGAUCCCACAACUCUCCGGCGCCCUCACCGUCUACGGCCAGUCCGACUCGGCCUCGUACUCGGGCAACACCGUCACCAUCACCGCCGGCAAAUCCCAAGCCGACGGCCUCAACAACGACGGCACCGCCACGCUCGCCGUGCACACGGGCAACGUCAAGAUCUACAACCUCAACGUCGAAAACACGUACGGCAAGGGUUCCCAAGCCGUCGCGCUGUCCGCCUACGCCUCGGGCAACCACGGCUACUACGGCGUCAAGCUCACCGGCUUCCAAGACACGCUGCUCGCCCAGGAGGGCAACCAGGUCUACGCCCAGUCCUACAUCGAGGGCGCCACCGACUUCAUCUUCGGCCAGGAGGCGGCUGCGUGGUUCGAGGCUUGCGACAUCCGCGUGGCCUCCGCGUCGGUCGGCUACGUCACGGCCAACGGCCGCGAUGGCUCCAGCAACCCGUCGUACUACGUCAUCAACAACAGCAGCGUCGCGGCGGCGAGCGGUGCGAGCGUCAGCUCUGGCGCUAUCUACCUCGGCCGCCCGUGGCGCAACUACGCGCGCGUGGUCUUCCAGGAGACGGAGCUGAGCGACAUCAUCAACGCGGCGGGAUGGGCUGUGUGGAGCACGUCGGAUACCCGCACGGAUGAGGUGACGUUUGCGGAGUAUAGCAACUCGGGUGAUGGCGCGUCGACGAGUGGCCGCGCGAGCUUCUCGAAGCAGUUGAGCAGCCCCGUGUCGAUGUCGGAUGUGUUGGGCAGCGAUUAUGCGGAUUGGAUUGAUUCUUCUUACUUCUAA